UUUAGUCGUUGAGGAUCCGCUCCUUGAACUACCAGAGUCUACCAUCGACAUGCGCUCGAAUGACUUCCUAUCUGACAGUCCUGCCGGAAGGGUGUUACAGAACGGCGAGCCCACAGUAGCCGUUCAGCUGACCCGGAUCACGAGCGCCGCCCUUGAGGAUCUUAGGUCAUUACAUGGCGAAGCAACUCCACAGGCGGAUGACGACGACUAUUACCGGAACUUAAAGAUCACUAGAGGUGUUGUGCGCGACUGUCUGGUGAAACUCAGGAAGAACGCUUUCACGCAUGUCGAGGUACGCGAAGAUAAUGAGUUCGCCCAAACUCGUGUGUUCAAGACAAUAUUUCGCAAACCACUCGUGUCGCCCGAACGCUGUCGUGUCGUGGAAUCCAAACACGGCUCAAGGUACGCUGCAUGCCUUGACCGUGAUCAUGGCGUCGUCCAUUGAUAUAGAGAUCGACUAUCUCGGCGGUGAACAGGCCACGCUGCAGAGCGGCGCAGGGCGGCGCAGACUUUUGCAACGUGAUUACGGCUUCCGUUGCGAGUGUCCGGCAUGUGGUAAUCCCGGCCGUAGGAAUAUCGAAGACGAUAACAGACGUAUGCAGGCUGGCGACCUGUUCCGCUCGAUUUAUUCCCACCCCGAAACAACGCCCGCGCUCACAGCCGUUAAUGCUGCCUUCGAACGUACCAGGACGACCCAAAUUGAGCAAUUGAGCCGAUACAUCACACUGUUGCCGCAACUUAAGCUCGUCGAUACGAAGCUUGCACGCGCUUAUGAAGCUCGAGCGAAGUUACCGUGAGCAGGGCGCAUGCAUCGCGGAGUACAGAUCGAAGAGCCCAAGGCUUACUAGACUGAGAAAGCUUUGUCCGCAGCGUACGGUUCAUUACCUCGCUCUCGCGAAGGACGACUGGCUUGCGGCGCAGAAGUUCUACAUGCGAUCUUU